AUGACAUCAACAAAUGAUAUUGGACUUGCGACUGAGCGUGUUCAAUGCUCAACCACAACCGAUUUAAAUGAUCUUGUUUGUUCAACAAUAUGUGAAAAUAUUUUAUGGAAACCAGUCGCUUGUCAACAGUGUGAAACUCAUUUCUGUUCUAUGUGCAUCAGACAAUGGUUAAAUAAAAAUUCAAAUCAAUGUCCGAUGCGAUGUGACAAGUUCAUUGAACGAUCAUGUUCUAAAUUCAUUGCCAAACGAUUAGCACAAUUACAAAUCAUUUGUAUUUAUCAACCGAAUGGUUGUAAUGAGGUGAUUCCAUAUGAAGCACUAGAAAAGCAUGAGACAAUGUGUGGAUAUCAACUUAUAAAAUGUACUGGUUGUCUAUCAGAAAUAUUGAAAAAAGAUUUUUCUGAACAUCAAUUACAAUGUCCGUUGACUGUAACGACAUGUACAGAUUGCAAAAUAGUUUAUAAACAAAAUGAUGUUUUUAAACAUCAUUCUGAUGUCAUCUGUCUUCGAGAACAACUUCGACAACUUCGACAAGAAUCACAAUAUGAGAUUCGACAACUGAAAGAAGAAAUUCGACAAGAACAAAAUGAUCAAACUACAUUGUUAGUGUCGCGUGGUAUCAUCGUGGAUGAUAAAGAUGAUACAGUACAACGAACUUACAUUCAAUCGACGGUCGAAGUCGAGAUACUUGAUAGGAAUCGAAUUAUUCUCGAUAAGGAAUCAUACUCAGCUUUGCCCAAUACCGUACUCUGUUCAAAAUGCCGCAAUGUGCUUUGGAGACCAGUUUCUUGUGGAAAAUGUGGAGCUAUGUUUUGCAAACAAUGCCAGCCCACAACUAGUAUUUUGAAGAAAAUCACGACAUUUUUUGGUGCCCAGCGUACACAGCAUGGGACAAACAACUGUGAAAAUUUUGAAGAAGCACCAGUACCUAGCCAUAUCAUUACUGAUCUUACCAAAUUACGAGUUCGUUGUGCCUAUGCCCCGAAUGGAUGUCGAGUAAUCUCAUUUUAUUACGAUCUUGAACAACAUGAAAAAACAUGUGAAUUCGAAAUGAUUCCUUGUAAACUAUGUCAAUUGCCUUUAUCGAGACGACUACCAAUCGUAGAGCAUACACGGCGAGCAUGCUUCGAGUAUAUGCUUAACAAAAAUCCUGCUGGAAUUCAACAACAAUUUAUGAUACUUUUCAAUGCUGUUGACGAAGCAAAAGCUGAUAAUCAUCGUCUCCAAUCGACUAUAAACGAUAUCAAAACUCAAUUAAAUAAAUUGAAUUCGAUAUGUCUCAAGAACAAUAAAACAAAUAGCAAGUAA